CGCGGUCUCAUCCUCUCAGAAGACUCAGAAUUCAGGAUGUAGGUGGAGGCUUCAAAGCAGAGAUCAGCGCUUCUGCAAGAGAGAGAGAGAGAGAGAGAGAGAGAGAAAGAGAGAUGGAGAGUAGUAAUGCCUCUGGAGGUGCGCCAGUUGCAGCAACAGGACCGCCUGUGCAUCCAGCAAUUGCGCCACUGUCAUUUUUGUUGGGGAGAUGGAAAGGAGAAGGCGAAGGGGGUUUCCCCACCAUCAACUCCUUCAAGUACGGGGAAGAAAUUAACUUCUCUCACUCUGGAAAGCCGGUGAUAGCGUAUACCCAGAAAACUUGGAAAUUGGGCUCUGGAGAGCCUAUGCACGCAGAGAGUGGUUACUGGCGUCCGAAACCUAACGGGUCUAUUGAAGUUGUAAUUGCUCAAGCCACUGGUAUCGUCGAAGUUCAGAAAGGCACAUAUGAUGCUGGAAAUAAAAUUGUGAAGCUCCAAAGUGAACUUGUGGGUAAUGCAUCAAAGGUGAAAGAGAUUACUCGAGUUUUCGAGGUGGCCGACAGCAAUUUAUCUUAUGUUGUUCAGAUGGCAACUAAUUUGAACAACCUUCAACCUCAUCUGAAGGCCCUGCUGAAGAAGAUUUGAUAUAAUUAAGCAUUACUCAACCCCAAAAUAAAGACUUCUUAGGACAUGACUUCUUGCCUUGGUAAAAAUUUCCUGUAAAAGCAAAAUCCUUGUACUCAGUUAUGUUAUGUGACAAAAUUACCAUAAAAUAAAUUCGUAAUAAAAAUUUACUCUCUGUUGGAAAGGGAAUUGUGGAAA